AUGUUAAAAGAUUUUCAAGAACGGUUUCAUUUAAAAGUCACCGGCAUCCUGGAUGAUGCUACCAAACGACAAAUGAGUCAACCACGUUGCGGUAAUAAGGAUCCAUCAUUCAGCUUAGUGAAAAACACUGCUGCAUCAUUGGGAUUAAAAUGGUCACGUUCAACAUUGACUUGGUCGCUUAAAAAUUAUUCAGCACGUAUUGGUGCAGCAGAGUCGCGAAAUAUCAUUCAGCAAGCAUUUAAUGCUUGGUCUCAACAUAUCCCAUUGAAUGUCAAGCAAGUCUGUUCUACGUGUUCGUCGAAUAUCGUUGUCGAUUUUGGUCAGACCAAUCACGGCGAUCAUUAUCCUUUCGAUGGACAAGGUGGGACGUUGGCACAUGCCUAUCAUCCCGAAGAUGGUCGAAUACAUUUUGACAUGGAUGAACCAUGGACAAACAGGUAA